UGUUUCUCACAGUGCCUAACGGGCGCCUCUCCAAGACGCGAGUGCUCGCGUGAGUUUGUUCGGCCGGCAGAAAGGGAACGAAUAUUUGCAUUCUUGCAAUCGCGGAUCUUGUCGUCUUCGUCGUUGCAAUCACGCAAGGAAGAAGAGAGGACAAUUCCUUCGAAGGACGUGGAACGUCGCUCGGCAGGAGGGAAGGCCAAGGAGGCCUCCUCCUCGACGAUGCCGUCGUUUCCUCUUCGACGAGCACGCGUAUGUACGACGUCUCGCUCUUUUUUGAGGAGGAUGAGUUACCGCUGGACAGUGGUGAUAUCAUUGAAAAUGAGACGGUGAUUGGCGAUGGCAGUUGUAUAAGUAUUCAUCAUCAUCGUGAACGUUCUCAAUGUCAUUGUCGGCAACAACGAGAACGACGACACCGACACCGACACGGACAACAACAACAACAACAACAACAACAACAACACCAAGAACGAGAAGAAAAACGAGGUCAACAUUUUCGUCGUUCGCAAGAGGAACAAGGAAAAAAGGAAGACAUAGAGAAGGAGGAAGAGGAGGAGGAGGAGGAGGAGGAGGAGGAGGAAAAAGUAAAGGAAGAAAGUGGUAUAGAUUUAGAAGGUAUCCUACAAUAUCCUGGACCAAUGGGACAAGAAAUGAUGGCCGAAGAGAUGGCUCAAGGUUAUACGCAACUCAUUCAUCAGGUUCAAGAAUCACAGGAGUUCAUUUCCUUGGAAGAAUUUUGUCCUCGUAUUCAUCAAGAUACACGUGGCCAUGAUAUUUGCGGACAACAUUUUUAUCAUCAUCAUCAUCAUCAUCAUCAUCAUCAUCAACAACAACAACAGCAACAGCAACAACAUCAACAUCAACAUCAACAUCAACAACAACGAAGAUAUUAUAAUCUUUCGACUGUUCAAGAAAGUUCCUGUUCGACGGUCUAUUUCGGCGAGAUAGGCACGGGCUCGGGGGUGGGAGAUUUGACGGGCGUCUCGGCUGGGGGUGCCGACGAGCUUACCCCGACUCCAACCCCCGGCAACGGUAGUGGUAGUGGCAAUAACGUCAUCACCCCCGGAACAUCGAACGACACUAUCAUAAGCAACGCUACCACAACCACCACCACCGCCGCCGCCGCUACCACCACCUCUACCAUCACCACUACUAUUACAACCAACACCACUAGCAUUAUUACCAGUACUAUUAUCAGCACGCCUACCAGUAUCAUCAGCAACCCUACAAUUACUGAUACCACUACUUCCGACACAGAUAUCGUUGCUACAACAACCAACACCAACAACAACACCAUCAUCAACAACAACAAUAUCACUACCACCAAUACAGUCGCCGCUGCCUCUGUAGCUGCAGCUACUGUUGCUGCCGUCGCCUCUUCCUCUUCCUCUUCUUCCUCCUUCUCCUCCUCCUCUUCUUCCUCUUCCUCCUCCUCCACCUCCUCCUCCUCGUCUAUCAGCAACAAUAACACCACUAUCGCAAAUACCACCACCACUACCACCAUCACCGACACAACCCCGCGAAUUGCAACCGGGGCUGAACCGCCCCGGCACAUGGAGACACCCCCGACGAUGGUUCCAGACCAGGCACCCGCCCCCGGACAUCAUUAUCAUAAUCAUUAUCCUCAUCAUCAUCAUCAUCACCAUCAUCAUCAACAACAACAACAACAACAGCAGCAGCAACAACAACAACAGCAACAACAGCAACAACAACAGCAACAACAACAGCAACAACAUCAUCAUCAUCAUCAUCAUCAACAACAACAACAACAACAACAACAGCAGCAGCAGCAGCAGCAGCAGCAUCAGCAUCAUCAUCAUCAUCAUCAUCAUCAUCAUCGUGGAUCAUCCAACAAUACACCAACUCGUAAUCAUUGUCAACCUGGCAGCACCGACAACUCCGAGGAUUUUGCUCCAAUUUCAAAGAAAAGAAAAUUGUCUUGUCACGAUGGAAGCGACUUAUUGGAUGAUAUCGGUGAUGAUGCUAAAUCUGUACGCACAAACGACGAUAGUAAAAAGCAGAAUCACAGCGAAAUAGAAAAACGAAGGAGAGAUAAGAUGAACACAUACAUCACAGAACUCUCGGCAAUGGUGCCGAUGUGUCAUGCGAUGUCCAGGAAACUAGACAAGUUGACUGUUCUACGAAUGGCUGUUCAACAUUUAAAAACUAUACUGGGAGCUGUUACCUCAUAUACGGAGGGUCAUUACAAGCCGGCCUUUCUCAGCGAUCAAGAACUUAAAACCCUCAUACUUCAAGCCGCGGAAGGCUUCGUCUUCGUCGUGGGUUGCGAUCGUGGAAGAAUUCUCUACGUAUCCGAGUCGGUAUCACAAACUCUCAAUUACUCUCAGGGUGAUCUUUUGGGUCAGAGUUGGUUCGACAUACUUCAUCCGAAGGACGUAGCAAAAGUAAAGGAGCAAUUAUCCUCGUCGGAUCUAAGUCCGCGAGAACGACUGAUCGAUGCUAAAACUAUGCUACCAGUGAAAACUGAUGUUCCUCAAGGGGUGUCCCGACUUUGUCCAGGCGCAAGGAGAUCUUUCUUUUGUCGAAUGAAACGUAAAGUCGAAGGAGUUAGAUGCGGCGAAUUACAAGUCAAAGAGGAAGCUGAUACGACUACUGGUUGUCAUAGACGAAAAAAACAACAAAAUGUUGAUUGGAAGUAUUGCGUGAUCCAAUGUACCGGAUAUCUAAAGUCUUGGGCACCAGCGAAAAUCGGUUUGGAAGAACAAGAGGGAGAAGCCGAUGGCGAAGCUUGCAAUUUGUCGUGUUUGGUAGCAGUCGGUCGAAUUCAAACUGCACUUCCAACCUCGUCAACCUCAACGAGAAGACCACGUCUUCGAACUAUAGAGUUCAUCUCGAGACACGCAAUGGAUGGGAAAUUCUUGUUCGUGGAUCAAAGAGCCACAUUGGUACUUGGUUUUCUUCCUCAGGAACUUUUGGGUACUAGUAUGUAUGAAUAUUAUCAUCACGAUGAUAUACCACACCUCGCAGAAUCACACAAAACGGCAUUGCAAUCUUCUGAACGUGUUACGACCCAAGUAUAUAGGUUUAGAAAUAAGGGUUCGAAUUUUGUCAGGCUACAGUCUGAAUGGAAAUCCUUCAAGAAUCCAUGGACCAAAGAUAUCGAAUAUUUGAUAGCCAAGAAUUCGACCGUCUAUUGUGACAUACGACAGGCUGGAAAUAGUACGAAUAAAACUGAAAAUUCUAGUGUACAAGAGAAUUAUGAAUACUUCGCUCAAAGCAAUGGAGGCUUGGAAAGACUUAUCUCGAGUCACGUAGAGGUCAGUAAAAUUGGACGUCAAAUAGCAGAAAAUGUUUUGGAUCUUCAAAGACGCGGUGAAGAUUCUUCAUCAGGAAGUAGUCCGGGUCCGGUUGUGGAAUCCGCAUUGUUAAAUACCGAGGGAUCAUCUUUCCGACCUAAGUCGCAGAUUACGACCACGGCUUCGCCAGAGAGAAUUCACGAGGUCUCGCAAGUAGGAAUAAGUGCUGAUAACAGCAGUAACAACCCAACGUCCACGUACAACCACGUAGCCAACAACGUUCAACUCAACAGCAUCGCGAACGACCAAGGACCAUUACCAGACGAGGAUAUGAUGGAAAUGAUCGGUGGGACUGCUAUUAAUGAGUCUCCAAAUCCUGUGCCCUCCGAUGGAAAUGAUGAGGCAGCAAUGGCUGUGAUUAUGAGUCUUCUGGAAGCUGAUGCUGGCUUGGGUGGCCCUGUUGAUUUCACCGGAUUACCCUGGCCAUUACCAUAGUGUGGAUUGCGUUAGUGAUUACUUCACAGUGACUUUUUUCAAUAUGUACAUUACAAUUUUGAACAUAUUUAUAUAAGGAUUAUUAGUGAAAAAGUGUAUAUACUAUAAAAUCCCUUCCAUGUACCUGUAAUCAAUACUUUGACAAAAACAUUUUUUAAACAUUCAAAUAUAUAUAUAUAUAUAUAUAUAUAUAUAUAUAUAAAAUUUUUAUAUAUAUAUCUUUCAAAUAUCCCGAUUAAAUGGUACACUGGUCUUAAGAAAAACUUAAAAGCGCUUAUUCUCAAAGUGUGUAGAGUUAUUCUGGUGCUAAAGUGGUGCUGCGUGGAACAUAAAUCAGUGUAUUCUAUGUGACAUCGUUUAAAGUGUGUCGCCAUCGACAAUUCAUUUUCCACGUGUUAUUAAUGUUUCUUAGCAUUUAUUGUUAUACAAAAAAAAGAAAAAAAAGGAAAAAGAAAAAAAAGAAAAAAAAAAAAUAAGAAACACAGUAACACGAUAGAGUAUUUUGACAUCUUAUGUGCUUAAAACAAGCAAAAUCUACAUGGAAAGAAAUAUAUCAUAUUUUGUGUAUGACAAUAUUUUAUGUUUGUCAAAUUUCAUUUCUGAAAUAAUUUAUAUAACACUGAUACGACCUUCCUCAGAAAUAUAUUAUGAGGGAUACAGUGUUGAUGGUGAUAAGAAAGAAAAAAAAAAAAAAAAGAAAAAAAAAAAGAGAAAACAAACAAACAAACAAACAAAAAAAUUUGUCAGUGUUUUUCAAUUUUGCUAAGAAUAAUAAUGUUAUAUUUGUAAAUAAUAUAAAAGGAUCUGUGCUCUAUUGUAUCGUGAUGCUAAGUGUACCUAAUUAAUAUUUAAGAAUUUCAGCAUUGACUUGAAGAUAUCUUUUACUAUCGUGGAGGCAACUAUGGUAUUUAGAGUAUCACGGAUGUUAACGUUGUGCAACGUAUGGAUUCUUAAUGAUGAACUCUUACAAACUAUAAUGUUAAUUUUUCAAUAUGUGUUAUGUAAGUAUUUGUAACUGAUGUGAUUACAUGGUCGAAAAUCAUCUAAUUUUAAAUAUUCGACAAUUUUGAACAUA